CACGUUGGAUGCAUGUGUUCUGCGUUAGCACUUGGGAGACUAGCGUACUGGAAACGUGUUACCUUCGUUUUAAACACAAACUAAGUUUUGUGUAAAUUUGUAGAAUUUUUAAAUGGAUUAGUAUAGAAUUUUCUCGUGAAAAGGCCGCAAACGUUUAAUUUCAAAAAUGAGUCAGACCAACAGAAUAUCUGUUCCUCCAGAGUUGACUAACAUUCUUCUAGAGUUUACAGUAAAUGUGCUUGUAGAGAGGCCAGUAGAUAUCGUGAAUUAUGCCGUUAAUUACUUCACAAAACUUCGUACUGAAAGACAACAAAAUGGUACAAAAAAUGUAGAAUUUGAGAACGAUGCAGGAGCUAGUGAAGAUGACGAUAUUUUGGAUGAAGAACCACCAAGACCUCCAAACAGAUUUACUAGAAGAAAGUCAGUUUUUGCUGAACACUAUGAUCCAGAAGAAGAUGAAGAUGAUGAUAAUGAUAAGGUUGUUUAUCCUAAGUCUGAUGAACAAAGGCAACAGCUGGCAGAAUCAGUUAGAAAUAUUCUUUUAUUUCGAUCUCUUGACCAGGAACAAGUUCAGGAAGUAUUGGAUGCCAUGUUUGAGAGAAAGGUUCAGACGGGAGAAGUUGUUAUUCAUCAAGGAGAUGAUGGAGAUAACUUUUAUGUUAUACAAAGUGGAAUUUACAAUAUCCAUGUCAACACAGAUCAAGAACAUGAAAAAUUUGUGGGCAAAUAUGAUAACACUGGAAGUUUUGGUGAACUGGCUUUGAUGUACAACCAGCCUCGAGCAGCUACAAUCAAGGCUGCAACUGAUGGAUCCCUUUGGGCUAUGAAUCGACAAGUUUUUAGAAAAAUUGUUCUGAAGGGUGCCUUCAAAAAGAGGAGAGAAUAUGAAACACUUUUGGAAGGAGUUCCAUUGCUACAGUUUUUAAAUCCAUAUGAAAGAAUGAAUUUAUGUGAUGCUUUGAUGCCGAAAUCCUACAAAGAUGAUGAAACCAUUAUUAAACAGGGUGAAGUUGGAGAUGGAAUGUAUUUUGUGGAGAGUGGCACUGUUCGAAUUGUGAUGGUUAACGAGUCUGGAGAGGAAAAAGAAGUAUCUAAAUUGAAUAAAGGCCAGUACUUUGGAGAACUAGCUCUUGUUACUCAUAAGCCUAGAGCUGCUUCUGUCUAUUCAGUCGGUGAUGUGAAAUUAGCAUUUUUGGAUGUGCAAGCAUUUGAACGUUUGUUAGGCCCUUGUAUGGAUAUCAUGAAGCGCAACAUUAAUGAAUAUGAAGAACAGUUUUUGAAAGUCUUUGGUUCUAAGACAAACAUUGGUGACUUGCGGUGAACCUGCCCCAUCGGCUUUAUUCUUCCCAGUGUCAACCCUAGUCACCUAACAAAGCUGCAUGUCAGCUGAUUUGAACUCAUAGAAUGUAUCCCAUCUUUCUCUACAGAAACUAGGUGUAGCUUCAUAGAAUCAUAGUCAUUGUAACAGAAACAAAAACAGCUGUGUUAAAUCAGCUAAGCCUGAAGUAUUUUUGAAUAUUUAAGUUAAAUUAGCGAUUCCAUUGCAUAUAUACUCACUUAUGCACAGAAACUUCACAAAUACUGUCGUUGUAAAAGGACUGUUUAUGUAAAAUAUAAUGCUUCAUUAAAAAUGCCCUGUUUCAAAAACGUGUUUAUAAACUUGAAUAAAAAGAUAAAAGAGGAUGCUAUUUAUUUAAGCGUGUUGCAUAAUAGCUGUUCAUCACCAAUUUAUUAGUGAUAUUUUCUGAAUUUUUAUUAAUGUAUUCAAAGUUUCAACUUUUUAAAUCUGAAAAUAAUAGUUUAACUUAGACCAGUUAUUGAAAGCUAUUUGAUAUUAAUGUCUAGAAUAAUAAAGAUGAAUGGGAGCUAUGUUUAUAUCAUUAAUAAUAGUUUCCAAAGCUCUGAGGAUUUUGCUUACUCUUAAUAAUUUGGUUAGCAAUCAAAAUAAUCAUCUUGUACCUGGAUGUUUGAAACAAAAUCUUAUAACUUUUCUCAUGAAUAUGGCUUGAUAGAAGCUAUUACUAGUGUUGCUAAAAUAGUUUAAAUGUUCAUGACAAAAUAUCAUACAGUUGAAAGAAUUUCAUAAAUAUUUGGUCAAAAAAUAAUAAUUCAGUAAUCACAAAGACCUAAUACCCCUAACACAAAGUAUAAAAAGCAUUGUCUACAUGUUUAAAGUUUAGUUGGGAAUGACACAUAAUAAUUGUGAAACAGUCUUUAAAAGCUACUUACUAAAGCUUCAAACACAAAUUGAAAUUAUAGUGAUUUCUACUUAUCAUUUCAAAAUUUAAAACUCUUCCGUUUUAGAGAUACAUUUCCUUUGAAAAAUAUAUUUUAUGGAUUUUUUUCUUAUAUGUGUCCACUUUAUGUUAAAUCUACCAUUCAACUUUGGCAUCAAAUAUUGUUGAUUGCACAGUCUGAAAGGAGUAACAUUCAACUUUGGCAUCAAAUAUUGUUGAUUGCUCAGUCUGAAAGGAGUAACAUAAAACUUUGGCAUCAAAUAUUGUUGAUUGCACAGUCUGAAAGGAGUAACAUAAAACUUUGGCAUCAAAUAUUGUUGAUUGCACAGUCUGAAAGGAGUAACAUAAAACUUUGGCAUCAAAUAUUGUUGAUUGCUCAGUCUGAAAGGAAUAACAUAAAACUUUGGCAUCAAAUAUUGUUGAUUUCACAGUCUGAAAGGAGUAACAUAAAACUUUGGCAUCAAAUAUUGUUGAUUGCACAGUCUGAAAGGAGUAACGAAAUUGCUGUUACUAAUCGCCAGAUAGAACAUUGUCAGAGCUGAACCAACUGACAACACUUUCAGAUUUUAAACACUGUAAGAGUGUUAAUUCAAUUCAUGAAAGAGACUAUGUAUACAUAAGCAAACCAUAAAAAUAAAAUAAAAUCCCUGUGCUGAGGAAAAUAUUAUUAGUGUUCAGGAAUGGUGCUAACUACAUACAAGGUUUACUGUAAAUUUGUGAAGUUAAUUUCCAUGAACGACAUGAAUAGCAUAUGACUAUUUUGAAGUUUAUACUUAAAUACAUGUAGUAAAAGUUUCUGUGGGUGGAAGCUGGAAUCCUUUUAUUUGUUAUGACUUUUACCUUAUAUAUCAGUAGAAACAGUUAGAAUAAAUAACCUUGCUGCUAAUCUGGUGCCACCUCUUGCUAGUGUGAUGUUCCAGUUAUGUUUUGAAUAAGUAUGUACAUUGUAUUAUAAACGUUUUGUUGUAGGUUGUGUGAAGAUAUCUCUAAAACUAUUGCUUUCAAAACAUCCAGAGAAAGUAUGGUAGAUAUGUUUCUGUUACUUCUGCUUUGAACUAUAAGGUUCUAGAUUGUUUAGUGAAUUUGUUUGUUAAUUAUCAUUUUGUUUUAAAUGUUGUAACAUCAGUUAGUGUAAAGUAUUUUAUUUAAUAUCCUGCAUUAGCACACAAAAACACCUGUGUCAUUUUCUCCUCACUUUCACAACAUUCCUGUCUAGUAAAGUAGUUAUGUUAGUUGGUGUAAAGUAUUUUACUUGGAUAUUUUCACGUGCUAAAGCAAGGUAAUAAGUAAUUUUCUCUUUAUUUUCCCAACAUUCCUGGCUAGUAGAAUAGUCAUGUUAGUUUGAAUUUUUUUUAUUUUGUAGAGUAUUUAUAGUAGAAAUUACUGUAGCACAGUUUUUAAUAAUUGUUUUUGAUAAUUGUAUUCAACUUUCCUAGUUUAUUUUUGCUGAUUAGGUAUUAACAAUUGCUAGUAUUUAAUUGUUCAGAGAGUAAAAGAUACAGGUCUUUUCUCAUAUAUAUAUUCACACACAUGCAUAUAUUACAAGUGCACUAUUUCAUUUGUGGAAUUUUAACUAUAAUGGAGUAAUUUCUUUGAUUAGAUUGUUUUUUUGCAAAUACCGGUCUCUGAACUCGUAACAUUUGUGUGUCAAUUGGUAUACUGUUUUCUGAUAUUAACACCGACCUUUCCAAUGGAAAGGUCUGUCAAAUAGCUAUUUUUGUUAUUUAUCAUUUUUUUUGUUUGUUUUUAGUGAUUGUUGGAAAAAUUAAAUGUUUGGAUUUGCCUGUGGAAAAAUAAACUUUGACUCCCAUAUCUUCUAAA